GUUUGCUCUGUGCUGUUUCCUUUCUGGCCAUUCAAGAGCCCCAAACACAUCCCGGAGCCCUCCAGCCUCAGUCACUGAGCCGGGGACUGUGGGGAAGUCUCCCAGGAAUUGAACUGGCAUGCUGUAAGGAAAACCCUUUGGAAAUAUAAUGGGGAACUGGUUGAUGAGGGUCCAGUCCUAGGACCAUACUCAUGGGGCCCAUAUGGAUGACUGACGAGUCUGCUUCAGGAAGUAUGAUGAUACACAAGGGAGGACCCACCUUUCAGCUGUUGCCUGUCUAUUAAGUUUGUAAGGAAGAGGGUCCAUGACUGACUGGUGGCCGAAUUGGAACCAAAAGUAUUCCAAAGGUGCUGAGCUGUAACCAAACGUUUACACCAAAGUGUCAGUGGAGGAGCUCCAGGUCAUCCAGGAUUAAAGGUGUCACCAGAGACCUAGAAGCCAAGCCUGGGAAAGGAGCGUGUCUGAGAAGGGACGUGUUUAACCUAGACCAGCUGUGGACUUGGUCAACUCAUCCAUCAGCCCUGCAUCACCCAGCAGCGAACUCAGUGCUGGCUCAUUUGGAGUCUUCAACCCUUAGCCAAGAGCAACUAAGUCUCUCUGGAUGAAAAAUGCUGCUCGUGUUGCUGAUUGUGUUUCUGCUGCCCUCUGGCUCUCCUGGACUCCCUUUCUACAAUGGUUUCUACUAUGGAAAUGUCAUGAAUGACAGAAGCUACAGAAAUGGCAAUGGAGAAGGUUUUUUCAAUGGGGUGAAGUUGGUGGUGGAGACACCUGAAGAGCCCCUGUUUACCCACCGAGGUGCCAAUGUGACCCUGCCUUGCCGCUACCACUAUGAACCGGCACUGACUUCCUCUCGUCCUGUCCGGAUCAAGUGGUGGAAGCUGGGGGAGAAUGGGGCCCCCGAACGGGAUGUGCUGGUGGCCAUCGGGCUGAGGCAUCGAAGCUUUGGGGCGUUCCGAGGACGUGUUCAUCUUCUACAAGAGAAGGAGCAGGAUGUCUCCCUGGUGAUCCAUGACCUGCGCUUACAGGACUAUGGGCGCUACCGAUGUGAAGUCAUUGAUGGGCUGGAAGAUGAGAGUGGUGUGGUGGAACUGGAAUUGAGGGGUGUGGUGUUUCCCUACCAGCCACCCUAUGGUCGUUACAGGCUCAACUUCCAUGAGGCACAACUGGCCUGUGAGAAACAAGACGCUGUGGUGGCCUCCUUCGAGCAGCUCUUCAGAGCCUGGGAAGAGGGACUGGACUGGUGCAAUGCGGGCUGGUUGCUGGAUGGGACUGUGCAGUACCCCAUCACGCUGCCUCGGCAGCCAUGCGGGGGGCAUGGCUUAGCGCCCGGGAUCCGCAGCUACGGCGAGCGUCACAAGAGGCUGCACCGCUAUGACGUCUUCUGCUUUUCUUCCUCUGUGAAAGGACGAGUCUAUUAUUUAGAGCACCCAGAGAAGCUGACCCUGGCGGAGGCGGAGGAGGCCUGCCAGGAGGACGGGGCUCACAUCGCCAAGGUGGGGCAGCUCUUUGCGGCUUGGAAAUUCUACGGCCUGGACCGCUGCGAUGCAGGCUGGCUGGCCGAUGGCAGCGUCCGCUACCCUGUUACCCGUCCCAGGCCUAACUGCGGGUCUCUGGAGCCUGGAGUCCGAAGCUUCGGCUUCCCAGACAAGGAGAGCCGGAGAUACGGGGUUUAUUGUUACCGACAGAGCUGGCACUAAGGGGCAGGCCUCCCUUGGCCCCAGCCUUGCUCUCUCUCCCUUUUCCUCCCUCCUCAGGGCUGGUGUAUUUAUUGAAAGUCUCAUUUUCCCUGAAGGUUGAGGAGAUUUAGAUGAGUUUUUACAUUUUUCAACAAUUUGUUUAAACAAUAAUGCGUUUUUUAAAACUAAAAGAGGAAAUGUAAUUCUUCUAGGACAUGUCUUCUUACAUGUCUUUCUUAUCUCUGGGCUCCAUCUCUCAUUUAAGGCUCUCCGUAGGAGCAUGGAAUCUUAAAGAUAGAACCUCAAAGAUCAUCUUGUCCAAUCGUGUCAUUUUGUGGAUGACUGGAAACUGAAAACUUCCCUUAGAGAAGGGAUGUCACUUGUUUAAGGUCACACAGAAAGUUAGUGGCAGAGCUAGGAUUAGAACUCAGAUCUCUAGACUCCUAGUCCAGAGUUCUUUAAAAAUACUCUGGGUUCUUCCUCCUCCUUUGGUUGGUGGAGGUGGGGGCUAUGCCUUCUCUGGGAUGGAAGGGGAAAUUGAAGCAUCCAUAUCCAUUUUAUGUUGACGUCCAAUAAGCCAAGGGAUCCUGGAAUUUGGAGAGCUUUUGCUAACUGGGCCCCCUAUCUUUUACACUUUUCUCCUCUUCUCCCAUUUCAUUGGGGACCAUUCUUGCCCAGGUGAGUCCAAAUUCAGUCCCUCCAAGAAGGUGAUGCUCCAAAUAACAUCCCAACUUCCUUAUCCAUGCCUGGUCCAAGAAUUUUGGGAACUUAUUCUCAUUUUCUACUUCUUUUUUGGGGGGGGGACUGCCACUAGUUCCAUGUUUUCCAAGAACAAUAAAUGGUGCUAUGAUCCUUUAAACCAA